CAAAUCGACAAACGAACUCAGAACGCUGCGGCUGCGCAAACGCAAAGCACGCGCCAGUCACACACUCCAAAUCCAAAUUCCAAUUCCAAUUUCGAAUUUCCAAUACGCAGAGUGUCAGCUAAAGGUCCACCUUCCAGUGUCUGUGUCAAUUCCAACGUCUAGUCCAACGCAUCCGUAUCCUACGUGCAGCGCGUGAACAUUCCAUUACAGUGCGUGUAUUUUCGUGUGUCGCUUGCAAAAAUCCUUCGUUUUUUUUUUUUUUUUAAUAAUUUAAACUCGGAUAUUUUUUUUAAAUAUUUUUUUUUUUUAAAAAGUGCCCGUUGCCAAGUGCAAAAUCGAUUUGACGCAAAUAUACAAAUAUUUUGUUCGAAAUUCAGAUGCGCGGCCAGACGACGGGUCCCAGUGGAAAGAUGUACACAAUUCUAGUUGGAUUGGCGAUGCUGUUGCCUGCGGUGCUGGGCCAUGGCAGGCUGAUGGAUCCGCCGGCACGGAAUGCCAUGUGGCGCUUUGGCUAUCCCAAUCCGGUCAACUACAAUGACAACGAGCUCUUCUGCGGUGGCUAUGCGGUCCAGUGGGAGCAGAACAGCGGUCGCUGCGGCGUUUGCGGCGAUGCCUACCAUGUGAAAUCGCCGCGACCGCACGAGGCGGGCGGCGAGUAUGCCAAGGGCAUCAUAUCGCGCUACUAUACUGCCGGCCAGGAGAUUGACGUUGAGGUGGAACUGACGGCCAAUCAUUAUGGUCGCUUUGAGAUGUAUCUGUGCCCCAAUAAUAAUCCCCGACAGGAGGCCACCCAGGAGUGCUUCGAUCGCUAUCCAUUGUUCAUUUCGGGCAGUCGGGAGCAUCGAUACCUUAUUCCGCGCAACACCAAGAAGAAGGACAUAUUUCGCUAUAGCGUCCGCCUGCCAGCGUAUGUCACCUGCACCCAGUGCGUCCUUCAGUGGACCUACUACACGGCCAAUAUGUGGGGUACCUGCUCCAACGGCACCGAAGCCGUCGGCUGCGGCAAGGCGGAAACGUUCCGCAACUGCGCGGACAUUGCCAUCAUCUCCAAUACGGGCGGCGGCGUACCGCCUAUUUUUGUCAACAAUAGAUCCCCGUACUUGCUGUACUAUCGUGAUUAUCGGGCGCCCGACGAUAACAAUGUGUUCCCACUGAUUGUGCGCGAUCAAAAGUGCAUUGGUGCGCCGCCCUUCCGCUCGCUGCCCGGCAUUGAUAACUGGUGUGAGGUCAACUGUUUGCGCUAUCCGCCCAACUGUCCGGAGACCGCAUGCCAUUGUCCUCAGGAGUGCGUGGCGAUUGGUGAACUGGAGGGACGCGAGGGUGCGGAUACGUACUGCAUGGACGAAUGCCUCAAUUAUAAAUCGGAAUGCCCGCGCGACAGAUGCCGUUGCUUUUAGAACGAGACAAAACAUAUGCAAAACACACAGAGAGUGAGAGGAAGAGAAGGAGAGAGAGAGAGAGAACGGUAUACCAAUAAGCUGUGCUGCCCAAUUGCCAGAAAGGAGAUGGAAGAUGAGAGGAAAAGAAACGAAACGAAAGAAUUUGCGAGUUUUGAGCAUUUUGUAACUGAAUAGCUGCAUUUGAAUACGAAUAUAUAUAUGUAUAUGCAUACAUAUGUAUAUAUAUAAAAAUAAAUAUAUUUAU